GCUGCACCCAAAACGACUGGUCGAGUUCGAAGCACCUCAUAGUGUUGUUAAAACAAUGGCGUCAUCGGAUGAAAGCCCAAAAACCAAGACGAUGAUUCUACUUCUGGUCAUAAUCUACAUGGUUGUGCUGAUCAUGGUGGCCGCGGGAAUGGCUCUCCUGGCGAUGGGCAACUCCUUCGCCGCCGUCGCCACCUUCGUCAUUCUGGGGCUCUUGUCCUUCGUGUUGGUCUCAGCCUUGCAGUUCCGGUCGUGGCUCCUGUCGUCGUACGGCUCCCCCCUCCCUCCCGAGCGCCCUCGACCCCCCGCCGCCCUACAGAGCAUCUUGGCGGCGUUCGUUUCGGCGGUACCUCGACACCCGCAGGUCCAGGAACGCGCAGACUCGGACGCCGUCGGGGGGCGCGGCCGCGAGGGACGACGAGGCGGACGGGCGUAUUGUCCUCUCGGUUUCUCAUAAGGACGAAGAAGUUCCACCUUCCUACGAGGAGGCUCUGAGGAACAGCGUUGAAAACCUUUCAUGAUGUAGGUUGAAAUGUUCGCGUAAAUAAUUUAUUAAUCAUUUGACUUUGGUACAAUGAGUACAUGGAUAUGUGUCAUUUUUGCUUGGUACAAUUGUGCCUGUAAAAAUAAGUAUCUUGUAUUUUUAUAUGUAUUUCUUACAAACGAAGCAAAUAAAAGUAUACAUACCUAAAA